UCAUCUUCCUCGCUUUCCCAAUCACAACACUCAAACUCAAUACACAAACUCCCUUUUCUCACUACAAUUCUGUAGCCAUGUUUAGAGCGAUGAGCACCAGGAGAGGUCGCCGGGGAUACGAUCAAUUGAUCAGCGAACCCACCGUUGACGACUAUCUAUUGCCGGAGCCUCAGAUGAUCAGAUCCACGACGUUGCCUCCUAACUUCUACGGCGACUUGCCGUUGAAGUAUGUGUCAGCACCCAAAGUUCCGGCGAAAAUGGAUUUCAUAGAGAAGCAAGUGAAGAAAGUGAGUAAAGUUCAUCCACUGUUCAGCUUAUUCGAGAAGAGGAGCCGGAGGAAGAAGGCGACGGCUAAACCAGAGUUCUCAAGGUACAUGCAAUACCUCAAGGAAGGAGGUAGCUGGGAUUCAAAUUCAAAUAUGCCUGUAAUCUACUGAUCAUUUGUUUCAAACAAGGAAUGAAAUCUGAUAAUUUAUAGGUGCGUAAGUUUGUAAACCUCUCACAAUCGAGUAGUGUUAUAUAUGCAUCUUAGAUGCCACUAGAUCUUGUACGAUUUUUAGUAAUUGUAUUUGUAAACACCUUAUAGUACCAUUUUGUAUUCUUAUAAGAGAAAUAAUCUAGAGUUUUUUACUAAA